UCGUUCAAAACAUCCACGAGCGGUCGCGAAACACAGCCGCGUUCUCCGAGCUCAUCCGCUUCUUCAGAAUGCCUGAUGACGCGGCAUACAUUAAACACGUGGAAACGAACGUUUCGAACGAUCGAAAAGCAAAGAAACAUCGUCGCAACUUGUCCGCCUCUGCGAUCGUGAUCUGGCGCUGCAGAUCCGUCCACUUACUUUGCGCAGGAAUCACUAGUCAGUUUUUCGUUAAGCGGAGUUCGAGCGGAGCCUGAUCGCUCUUCACAACUACUCCGAGACUCAGCGGACACUUUUGGUUUCCUCUACAUUGCCGCAAGUGGGAAGAAAAGAAGAAAAAUGGAAGCUGGACAGAUCAAAGUCAGACCUCAGCAGAAAGUCCGCAAGGACCAGGGUAUCGUCAUGGAAUUCGUGCUCGGUGGCGUGGCCGCAGCCGGCGCGGGAUUCUUGACCAAUCCGCUCGAUGUCGUCAAAACCCGCAUUCAACUACAGGGUGAACUCCAGAACCGAGGAUCAUACAAAGUUCAUUACCGCAACACUCUCCACGCAUGCUACGUCAUCGCGAAACACGACGGACUCAUGGCUCUCCAGUCCGGCAUUGGGCCAGCUCUAUGGUUUCAGUUCGUAAUGAACGGCACCCGGCUCGGAUGCUAUUCCAUAAUGGACAGCUUCGAGCUGACGAGAUCGUCGGACGGCUCGCUGUGCUUCCCGAAAACGGUGGUUUGCGGUGCACUAUCCGGUGCGAUGGGAUCGUUUUUCGCGAGCCCUCUGUAUCUCGUCAAAACACAAAUUCAGUCCCGAUCGUUAAGCGAAAUCGCCGUCGGUUUCCAACAUCAACAUUCAAACAUGUCACAGGCCUUCGUCUCCAUAUACCGCAAGGAAGGAUUUUUUGCUCUGUGGCGGGGUGCCAACGCCGCCAUGGUCCGUGUUUCGGCGGGAUCCGCGAUUCAGCUGUCGACGUUCUCGAAUAUCCGGGACAAGAUAAUCGAAAACGAAACGAUGGCGCAUUAUCCGAACUUGGCAACUCUAGCUGCUAGCUUCUUCGCGGGGAUCGGUCUCUGUUUGGUAAUGACACCGUUCGACGUGGUGUGCACCCGUCUGUACAAUCAGGGGCUGGACCCUGUGACCAAGCGAGGUCUAUUCUACUCGGGUCUCCUCGAUUGUUUCGUGAAAAUGUUCAAAACCGAAGGAUGCUGGGGGUUCUACAAGGGCGUGGGCGCCUCGUACAUCCGUCUGGGCCCUCACACCAUGCUGACGAUGAUGUUCUGGGUCAACUUGAAGGAGCAGUACGCAAAAUUGACGGAGGAAUACAAAUUUCUAGCCUGGACACAGCUGAGCGCGUCAGCGCCCGACCGUCACCAGCCGGAGACCGGUGUGCAUUGACGGAGCGAUACCCAGCUGAUCCUCGAGUGAUAAUAUAUUGUUUCAAGUUUAUUCGAGUAUGUUGUAUAUGUUGGGAUGUUAUUUUAUCACGAUGAUAUUGGCUAUGCGCGUGCCGAUGUAUAUAUGUAGAUUUAAGAGAACACCGGGAUUGCAGAGUCCCGGACGAGAACGAAAUAAAACGGAUCCCGAGCUGAGGUGAUCCAGUGAUUUAGA